CGCUAAACCCUCGAACGCGGCCUCUGAUGACAACCGGCGAUGCAGCCAUAUAUAUCUGUUCCGAGGUCGGACGUGUAUAAAACCCGCAAAACCCUUUUAUGGGGCGGCACCGGGCACAGGGGAGGUGCGCUGAGUCUCCGGGAUAGAUACUACCACGAUCCCGAUGGGGACGCAUCAACCCUCUCGCUCGCGCCCGGGCGGGGCGAUGGUGUUCCUCCUCGCCACGCACGGCGGAUCAUCGAUCCAUCGUCGAUUUACGGUGCCCAGAUUCCGACGGCGACAUCGAGAGGAUGUGUGCAUCUACGCCCUACUACCGCUGAGCACACGGCGUCCCCGGGGCGCGACCGACGGGGCGGGAAACAUCGCUCGACGUCCAGCCGGUGGACCUUUCCCGACGCACCCUCCCCCACCUCGAGUCUGCUAUCAUCUCGAGCUCGUCGCGAAGCGGAGACCAGGGCGACUAAAGGGAACCAACUCUA